AGCUUCUUAGUUCUUGGUCCUGUUAUGUCCCAGACUCUGCACCUGGAAGCUGUGAGCCUUGGGUUUUCUUAUCCGUUAAAUAGGGAAAUAGAUACAAUACUACCUUCAAGGUGAGAAAGCUGGGUAAUGCAUGAUAAAUUCCAAGAAUAAGAACUAUAUCCUGCAGAGAACGAGACAGACAGCGACAGAGACAGAAAGAGACAGAAAGAGAGACAGAGAGAGACAGAGAGGGAGAGGGAUACAGACAGACAGACAGACAGACAGAGACAGAAAGAGAGACAGAGACAGAGAGGGAGAGGGAUACAGACAGACAGACAGACAGAGACAGAGAGAGAGAGACAGAGACAGAGAGAGAAACACGGAGACAGAGAGACAGAGAGACAGAGAGAGAAACACGGAGACAGAGAGACAGAAACACUGAGAUAGAGAGAGCGCUCUGCAACAGUCUCGAUGUUGGUGUGUCUCCAAGGACCAGAGUUCAUCUCUUCUCCCCGUUCCAUCCCUGGAUGGUGCUUGCCUUCUUUAUUUGUCCAGUCUGAAGAGUUCGGCCAGUAGACAGACUUCAGCAGAAUGGAAAAAAAACUAAAGGGUGUCAAGAUCAUCUUUGUGGUGGGGGGACCAGGAUCAGGGAAGGGGACCCAAUGUGAGAAGAUUGUUGAGAAAUAUGGCUUUACACAUCUAUCCAGUGGAGAUCUCCUGCGGGAAGAGGUCCGCUCUGGCUCUGAGAGGGGCAAGACCCUGUCAGAAAUCAUGGAGAAGGGAGAACUGGUACCCUUGGAUACUGUAUUGGAUAUGCUCAAAGAAGCCAUACUAGCUAAGGCUGAGACCUCCAAGGGCUUCUUGAUAGAUGGCUACCCUCGGGAAGUGGCACAGGGAGAAGCAUUUGAAAAGAAGAUUGGCAGCCCCACACUUCUGCUUUAUAUUGAUGCUGGCUCAGAAACCAUGGUGGAAAGGUUGCUGAAACGAGGAGAAACCAGUGGACGAGUAGAUGAUAACGAAGAGACCAUUAAGAGUCGCCUGAAAACCUACUACAGUGCCACAGAGCCAGUCAUCAAAUUUUAUGAGGGUCGGGGUAUUGUCCGAAGGAUCAAUGCUGAAGGCUCAGUGGAAAGUGUCUUUGAAGAAGUCUGUACCCAUCUAGACGCCCUGAAUUGAUGGGGUUUGGUUGUCUCCCCCAUUUCAAAGAAACCCCCCUCCUCCCUCCGUAGGAUCAGCCUCCCUGUCCAGGCCCCUUGCCGCCCUUCCUAACUCCUCCUCCAGCUGGCUCUGAGCUCGGGCUCAGACAAAGGAAGUGGCUUUAUCCUGUUUUCAUGGACAACUUCACUAAAGGAAUCUCCAAGGACAUUUGGUUUUGGUUCUUUGAUUCAAAGUAAAGUUCACCGACAAUGUGUACUACCCUU